AUGAGUAUUCAAACCUUCGUCCUUCCAGAACUAUUCGGAAGUGGAAAAAUUACUUCGGUUAAAACCGUGAACGGAAGCGUUUAUUUUCUUGCGAGAGAAAUUGCGUCGGUAUUUGGAUACGUGAAUGAACGCGAUGCAAUUCACAGGCAUACGGAUGAAAGAACGAGAAUCAAAUUCGAAGAAUUGAAACUUGUCGUGAAUCACGACAACUUGGAUCUUCCAGGCGGAGUGAUAUCCAGCACCGUAUUUAUCAACGAAUACGGUAUUUACGAUUUAUCGUUCGGUUCAAAAUUACCCAGCGCCAGAGAAUUUAAGUGGUGGGUUAUCAGUGAAGUUCUUCCCUCCAUUCGGAAGACGGGAAUGUAUAUUCUUCCUGGCAUCAUUGAUAGAAUUAAAAGUAUCGAAGACGACGAAUUACAAAGUCUCGAUUAUCCCGAACGAAAGCAAGUGAAAGAUGAAUUAAAUCGUAAAUCAAAUCUUUUAAAAGAUCCGGAAGCCGUUUCCCGUGGAAGAUCGGGUGGACGCAUCGCACAGGAAAAUAAUCGACAGGCAAAGGAAAACGUGAGACUUUUUAAAACAGAACUCAUCGAAAGGGAAAUGGAACUCAUCGAUAAGGAAAUGCAGUUUUUAAACGUUAAAAAAGAAAAGGUAGAACUUUGGUAUAAAAUUAUAGAAUUGGAGGAUGAAAAAGAGGAGAGUCAACAACAGGCGUUGACGGAAAUAGAAAAACUUCGUGAAAGAAUACGCGAACUUGAAGAAAAGAUUCGUGAACUUGAAGGACAAAAAGAAACGAAAGAUUUAUAA